AUGGAUCUUCGAGUGUGGAAGGUUAGAGCUGAAGAUCAGUAUUUCGAACCGGAUGAAAUGUCAAACCCAAACUCAAUUUACCAUAAAAUUUCACCAUGGAGCCCUAACUACACUCUCUCCCUCUUCUCUAUAACCCAAACUACAGCCACCUUCACCAAUCUUCCUAUCAUCAUCAAGGGUUUUAGUUUCUCAAAUCAUCCAAAUCUCCGAUUCAAGUCUCAGAUUCUGGUUAUUAUCAUCGAGAUUCACCCGAUUAGCAAUGGAAGUUCGUUACCUGGUGUCAGGGAUUUUCUUAAAGUGUGCUUUGGUUGUCCUGUAUCUGAGGGGUAUAGAAUGACCGAGAGUUCUUGUGUUAUAACGUUUAUGAAUGUCAACGAUGUCACCUCGGGUCACGUGGGCGCUCCUAAUGCUGCUUGUGAAGUAAAGCUUGUAGAUGUUCCGGAAAUGAACUGUACAUCCUAUGAUCAACCAUAUCCUCGUGGAGAGAUCUGUGUGAGAGGACCGAUUGUCUUUCAAGGCUACUACAAAGAUGAAGUGCAAACGAGAGAAGUAAUCGAUGAAGAAGUAUGGCUUCAUACCGGAGACAUAGGAUUAUGGUCACCUGGAGGCCGCUUAAAGAUCAUUGACCGGAAAAAGAACAUUUUCAAAUUGGCACAAGGAGAGUACAUAGCUCCCGAGAAAAUCGAGAGCGUAUAUGCGAAGUGCAACUUUGUGGCACAAUGCUUUGUUUAUGGUGACAACUUCAACUCUUCUUUAGUUGCUAUUGUCUGUGUGGACCCUGAUAUGCUCAAAGCAUGGGCUGCUAAGGAAGGAAUAAAGUUUGAAAGUUUGGAACAACUGUGCAAUGACCCGCGGGCAAGAAAAGUUGUCCUUGCCGACAUGGAUGCAGUUGAAAAGAAAGCUCAGAGGUGGUAUGGGUUCGGACAAUUCCAAUUGGCAUUUUGAGUUGAAAUAUGACCGGCGGGUUGCUCUCCCAGUAGCUGGGCCAUGGCCAAUAGCCCAUUAUAAGCAUGGUGUGGUCGUCAUAGAUGAAAAGCUAUACACUGUUGGUGGAUGUCGUGAUGGGAGGCAGUUAGCUGAUGUUUAGGAAAAAGAACAUUUUCAAAUUGGCACAAGGAGAGUACAUAGCUCCUGAGAAAAUCGAGAGCGUAUAUGCGAAGUGCAACUUUGUGGCACAAUGCUUUGUUUAUGGUGACAACUUCAAUUCUUCUUUAGUUGCUAUUGUCUGUGUGGACCCUGAUAAAGG